AUGAAAGACUGCGCUAACGCAAGGCUUGUAGAUAUCAACAGUGACCUUAAGCGCUCCCUUAUAGAGGAGUAUACGAAUGAACUGCCUUUUAGUGAUGGGCAUAUCUAUUACAAAGUUCGUCAAGCAGCUUUUUGUGGAGAUGCCGCCACCGAGAAUCGUUGGAAGGCCCGGCUAUGUGCAAAUAGUCAACUUCGACUUAAAUAUUUUUUAGCGGCCAAUGAUCUCCGAAACGCGUUAGACAUGGCUAUAUCUAUCCCUGGAAACCGAUUUGGUCUACGGAUCAAGUUUGCGGAAGAGGACAGACGUCAUAUCUGGAAACGGAUCCAGAGGUUUGAUCGUCUGAUACCAUCAUUACAUUCCUUUUUCCAAGAUUUCAAGAUGCUUGAAAGCUGCGCAGAUUGUUUACAUCGGUUGUUUCAUCGUGAUAGCAGCCGCACCGUAAGACAAAGCUUUGAUUUCAUUUGGACCGGAUAUCAUAAUCAGAAAGGCCUCAUACAAGUAUCAGAGACACAGUUUCGUGCAUCUUCCAACAUCAUUUCUGAUACUGCCUAUCGUCAAAUGUGGCUCUUUGCUAUGCGACAUUAUCAGGAUAUUCCGAGAGAUGCAAAGAAACCGGAUUGUUUAGUCAAGCCAGUACAGGCAAAACCAGACCAAGCCAGCAUUUUCAGUAUGGCAAAGCUAGCUCACAAGCUGGGUUUUCGUUCCCCUCAAAUAAAUUCUAUCUUGAAGGAGUCGCCAGACCGUGCCAUUGCUGAAGAUGCUUUAUUAAAGGCUCGAAAGGUCGAUCGAUUCAGCUACAACACGAAUGAUUUCGAAACUCUCAUAGAAAGGAUUGUGGAUUGCUUCAAUGCCGCCUCGCCUGUAGCUCCCAAGGAAACGAUAAGUGUCGAGACGCCGCUCACAAGGAUACAACACCGUUGUGGCUACCCAACUGUUGACAAUGUUCAAAGUUAUGUAAAUCAACUCUUCCUUGACCAAAUUGAUUCAAAUUGGUCUACGCCUAGUUGCGUGACAAGCCUCCUUGUGCGACAUAGCGUCUAUGUGGCGUUCUUUGGUUUCCUUUCGGAAGAGAUUCAGCCUGGCGCAAAAGAUCACGAUUAUCGUUCACAAAGUGAGCAGUGUGGCCAGCGCCCUGCAAGUAGUGUAUACAGUCAGUCUCCAAGGAACGAAUCGCCGACUACUCAGCACCAGCUCCUGGAUCCUUUGCAGCAUAUUGAAGUGGGGGAUGAAACCGGCCAACCUAGAACGGCAUUUUUUGAUGAUAAUGUAGGAAGUGCAGCAGAUGAGUUGUGGGAACAGGUUCUUAAUGAAGACGCAGCAAAUUCCAUCCGUGAGCCAGAUAUUCUCAGUACAAAAAGCUUUGAUCAUGACUCGCAAAAUGCUACAGAGGGGCUAUGGGAGCAAAUCCUACAUAAAGAGGCACAACAAGGCCCGUCGAGAUUGACCAGCUUAGAAGAGGCCCAUGAUUCGAAAAAUGAUCGGCAUCUCGACCGCACAGGUCUCAUUCGGAGAUACUCUACUUCCACGUCAAGCAUAUCCACCACCAGGGUGACAAACAACCGCAAUCUCGCAAUGAAAAAGCUAGAGGCCAGAGAUACACAGAACGAAACAGUCAGUGAUGCAAAUAAGGGCUUUAUUUCUUCGCCACUAACGGACACAAAGCUCCGUGAAUCCAAUUGA